AUCUUCUGUCAUUCAACAACUGCCAGUGGUGAAAAAUUAUACAAAAGAGAAAAGAAAAUUUAUAAAAUUUUGUUUCUGUUUGAUUUUCAUUAAAAUUAAUUAAAUUGUUGCUUGUUAUUUUACUAAAAAACCAAACUUAAGAAUGGGUGCUUUAACAAGCCGCCAAAAUGCUGCCGUUGAAGAGGCAGAUAUUAUCUCAACUCAUGCCUACAAAUAUCCCCCGAAAUCAGGGAAUUACUUUGGAAGCCACUUUAUAAUGGGUGGGGAACGCUUCGACACCCCACAGCCUGAAGCAUAUUUGUUUGGAGAAAAUGCAGAUCUUAACUUCCUAGGAAGCCGACCAACUGCUUUUCCAUAUCCUCCACCUCAAGCUAAUGAACCAACAAAAACAUUGAAAAGCUUAGUGAACAUCCGAAAGGAAUCAGUUAGAUUUGUCAAGGCUCCUGAUAGCGCUACCAAAGCACACGGAGAUGGUGGUGUCAACAAAGGCAAUGCAUUGAAUAUUGAAUUUAUCUUCGAUUCAGAUGCCAAGUGUGCCAUAACCAUUUAUUACUUUUGCACCGAGGAGGUCAGUCCAAGUGGGGUGACUUUCUUGCCCAGAGAAUCACUUACUUCGGAGACAUUUCAUUAUAAGAAAGGCGUCAAUCAGUAUUUUUCACAACCUUCACAUAUUUUCAAUCCACAUUUGUUUCCCGAAGACGAUUUAACUUACAAUGCAACAAAAGAGAAGUAUCCAGUGGCGAUUCAUUGUGUCGCUGAGGAGGGCAAUGAAGAUUGUCGCCAAUCGCACACAACAAUUUGCGUAAUUGAUCAUCAUUCCGACAAUAGCUAUGCAUUGAGAGCUCUAAAGCAAAAGAUUUUCGUCGAUGGAUUAUGUUACUUGUUACAGGAAAUCUAUGGCAUAGAAAACAAGGCCCUCAAUAAGCCCACCAUGGACGAUGAUACCGAUGACAAUGGCAGUGAAUGUGUCAUUUGUAUGAGUGACACUCGAGACACUUUGAUUUUACCUUGCAGACAUUUGUGCUUGUGUAAUUCUUGUGCUGAUUCAUUACGUUAUCAGGCAAAUAAUUGUCCAAUAUGUCGAUCACCAUUCCGAGCUUUGCUUCAGAUACGGGCAGUUCAAAAAGGUGUCAGUUCUAAUUUAUUGGCACCUCAAAAUUCACCAGAUCCAAAUUGUGAACAUAUUCCAAGUGGUUAUAUACCAGUGUCUUUGAUAGAAGCGCUCAAUGGACCACCUCAGUGUAUUGGACGUACCAUGUCUACAGAUAGCACUGAUGUUCCAGACGCAGUCCAAGCUGCAGAAAAUCUCAAUCGUUUGGCUGAAAAAGUCGGCGGCAAACAUAGCCCCAAGAGUGGAAGCCAACGUCGUUCGAAGAACAAGAAGAACAGCGAAUGUGCUCCAGAGUUUCGUAUGUCAGUUCUUAAUAGUGAAUCAAAUCCAACACCAAACACAAACGAAACCGCGGAGACUGUUGAAAAGAAGUCUCCUCCGAGUUCUCACAGGAAUUCAGUCUCGUAUGAGCGUUCGAACAGUUUGAAGGGGAAGGAGAAGACUCCAGCAUCACGACAAAUAAGUCGUGACAGUUUACACAUUGUCAACGAACGUCACAGUUUGAAGAAGAAAGAUAAAAGCCUAGAUGCUGUUGCUGCCUCAGCAGCCAUAGCAGCAGCUGCUGCUUCUGCCGAUAAUAACGAUGAUGACAGUGACAAUGAAAAACUCUCCCCUUUGCUGUCGCCUGGGUCGAGGAACCCCUUGAGUGGACAUAAUAAGAAUCCGUUGCAUAUUGAUGGUGUUGAAGAAUCAAUCGAUGACAUUGAUAUGGAUGAGUUGAAAUCUGACGGAGGAUCUAAGAGAAAAAAUCGGCCUGCGCUAUCGGCUGAUGGUGAUGGGAAUAUAUUAGCUGGCGCUGAAGAUUCCGAUUAUUAUACACCCGAAGAUCCACAUACGACUAUACUAAGUCCGCUGUGCCCAGAAAAACCAUUUAAAAAUGGUGAAACGCAGCUUUCACAGAAAGAUACUUCAUUGAGUGGAACAUCGAUUGGUCACAAAAACAAUCUCUCCAAGAAGACUCUACACCAGAAGUCAACAUCAGUGGGAAAUAUUUCAUCAGCGCCAAUAAGUGCUCUCAAAGAUAAUGUUAGCUCAUUGCCAGAUAUGCUUGACAGUCCAAUUGCUGUCAACCCAGCAUCUACACGCAGUUCCAGUGACAGUUAUUCAUCCAGUUCGUCAACAAAACAAUUGUUAAGUUCAAAUCAACCAAGUUCCAGUGCGACAAAAAUUAUGGUAGAUGAUAAAGCUGCUGUUCAAAAUGCAGUUAAUGUUUAAAUAUAAUUAUAAUACUCAAAAUUGUAUUAACCUUAAAUAAAAUAUUAAUUGUGACAGAAAAAUGAAAUAACCAUAACAUUAUACCAGUUUAAAACUUACACUAGCCAUGGUGUCAAAUAAAAAUACUCCUUAAAUAUUUAAGAAAAAUAAAGACAAGCAUUUUCUUUUUUUUUAAAUUUACUUUUAAUUAUUCUUUAUU